CCCGUAAGAAAUCGAUCAGCUUCAGAGGAUGGGAAUGGAAUAUGACAGAAAUAAUAAUCGUUUCAUUUUUAUUUAGCGGGGUUAUUAUUUUCCACGUCAUCGCCCUUACAAUGAAGGCAGUAAGCGCGUCCGAAAAGUCAGUAAACUUCUACCAGACUACACAGCAAAACUUCCAGGCAACAGCCAUCUUCUAAUAGAAUCUCGAACACUGCCAAAAUUAAAUUUUAUUUGUAAGACAAACUGUGAUUGCUGAAUGUCAAUGCUAUUUGUAAUAGAACCAGAGCAUAAACAAGUAGGACCGAACUCCAAACAGAGGAGGGGACAAUGGUGGGGGGGUUAAGAGAGAGUUGGGCAUGAGGUCAUAUAAGCUUCUUGUGCCUCUUAAGAUGGAACCAUUCAUGUGCAAGGAUUAGUGGCUUUGUGAUGGGGUAUGUUGAUUGACGUGUUCUCUGCAGUAAAUCCAGUACACAGUAUUGUCCUAUCUUCAGCAGACUGACUACUAUCCAAUAUGAAAGGUGUUAUUCUGUGGUCAAUACUCGUAACUGCUGUCAUUGCAACAGAAAAUGAAAAUGGCAUACAAGAUACAGAAAAAAAAGGGCCUGGAUUUUACUACCACUACGAUCUUGCCGUUCUGGCAGCUAUACUUAUCAUCAAAUUUAAAGCAGUUCUCAUAGCACUGGCCGUCAUCUUUGGAAUAGGAGCAUACUCCAAGCUGUUUGCAGGACAUGGGAUCCACUACAAGGGGCUCAAAUGUCAGCCACCUGUUGUGUAUGAGCCACCACCUAAGUAUGACUAUGAGCAUGAAUCAUAUGGGCAUUCUGAAAGACGUGAUCGAGCCAACGACUUUACAAGAUACUCUGAAAAUAUUGACUUUGAACUGCUAACAAGUGUGAUGAAGGGAAUUGGCCUUGAGGAAUUAAGUUUCAAUGUCGCAGACAAAAGAAGUGUACCCUGCAGGAGACGACUUGUCUGUGAAGCAGACAGGUUGGCCAGUACAAAGCCUGUGGUGCGUUAUGCCAUCGACCUUUUAAGAGGGCUGUCAAGGUACAGAACCAUAAGACCAACAAAUCAAACAGACUACAGCUGUGCUGCACUCUACCCACGAUGCAUCAGCAGUAGAGGGAGCCAACGCCAUUUAUUAAAGAAAUCUCAAAAAUCAUCAGGACUAAAUUUACAAUUUAGAAGACAAUAAUGGACAUUAAUUAACUUAUUUAUCAUAUUUAUUAAAUUAUUUUGAACACCAUAAAUGACUGUUUCACUGCAAAAUGAAUCCCACUUUUGUGAGUCAUAAACCAGAAACCUGUUUUCUAAGUAUCCUUUCUUUCUGCAUUCACAUCCAAACAGGUCCAGCAUAAGUAGU